AUGACGGCCACUGCCCCAGAACUGUCAAAGUCAGAUUUCUUUGAUUUCGUGACGUCUAGCGAGGUUACUGAUGCUCAGUACAAACAACAGAUGCGUUCUGUGAAUGUGUUCAUGGAAUCACCAGAUUCUAGGUCAAAUCCAUUGCUCUCAGAAGAGCCUAAGGAACAAAAUAACAACAGUCUACUUAGCGUAACUGCCACACAGGUUGGCGCUAACAACAACAUGGCUACUGCCACUACGUCUACGACGUUACAGAGUUUUGACUCUAUUUGGAAUGUAGAUCGCGAUCGGGAUCGCUUAGAUAAUGCCAUGUUAGAGGAUCUCAACAAAUUUUAUUGGAACCAAGAAAGUGGUAUUAAUAGCACACAUCCCUGCGCAGACGCAACCAUUUCUAACAAAUUAAUUAAUAACACGGACGGUCAAAUAUACACUUUAACAGUUCUGAAUCACGACAUGUCUGAAACUAGUUCAAAUCGAUACUGGGGUAAAGAAGAGGAUGUUUCUAUGUCUAGUCCUGCAGAUAUAGAACCACACGAUAACUUAGAUCUUGAGUCUAUAUUGAACAUGAAUGGUUUCUCUAAUGACUUUAAUCAAGAUUUACCAAAAGUAGAAGGUUUCAAUUAUGAAGAAGGUGAUUCAGAAAGCCAAAACCCUGACUUGACAACAAGUGAAUUAGUUAAAGUGGAACCUUAUCCCUACGAGGAAAAUGACUUUCCGAGCAUUGAUAAAAAAGAAGAAUCUCAUAGUCCUUCUCUCAUUACUACGCCAGCUUUAUUAGACAGUCAAGUAGAAUUCAAUAACAAUAAUAAUGAUUGGAAAAUUACAAACCAAAAUCCGGAAUCGAACGAAUCUUUGCUCAGAAGUGCCUUACAGGGUAAAGCGUUGAUCAGAUAUAACACUAUUCAAAAAAUUCCUGUUGCAAAAGUUGAUGUCAAUAAUGAAGUUAAGAGAGUAAUUACCAUCAAUAACAAUAAACCAGACGUACCAUCAAUGUACCAAGACAACAAAGACGUUGAUACGGAGCUACUAAUGACAAUUGCUCCGCAAAAUCGUCUAAAUAUUUCAAUACUAUUAGAAGAUCCAAAUGCCAAUGUUUUAUCAAACGGUGAAAAUCCAUCAUCGACACAAAAUGUAGACGAUAUCUUACUCUCAAGACUAGAUGCAAACUAUCCCGAAGACUAUGAAAAAUUGAAGAGGAUAGCCACGGAACUCGGAGAGUCCAUGCAAUCCUUCUGCACCGUAGAACCCAUUGAUCCAACGCGUAAUGUCUAUAACAUACAUCAUGUAAACGGUGAACUAGUGACUAUGAUCCCUGCAGGAGAAGUUCAAUUGAAUCAACACUUACAAAUAGUAACAGCAUCGCCAACCGUAACGAGCACAAAAACAGGUAACAAAAAAUAUUCUAAACGGCCGCAAAGUAAAAACCCGCCACCGAUAUCACAAACACAGUCCGGAACCGCUAUUCAAGCUGCUACCUCUACUUCAAACGGAGGACGAAAGGAGAGAUCACUCCACUACUGCUCGAUCUGUUCGAAAGGUUUCAAGGACAAAUAUUCAGUCAAUGUACACGUGAGGACGCAUACGGGUGAGAAGCCGUUCACGUGUUCGUUGUGCGGCAAAAGUUUCCGACAGAAGGCACAUCUUGCGAAGCACUAUCAGACUCACAUUGCUCAGAAAAAUGCUGCUGCCAAUGGCGCCGUCAAACCCAACAAACAGAGGUAA